GUUCAAGAGAUAACGUAUCUCCUAGCACUGACAAACAUGAAACCUCUCGGUUACAGACUAAAACCUGCUCUGAUCUUGGCACAGAGGAGAAAACAUCUGUCCCAUUUAAAUACGUUCCUGACUUCUCCAAUAAUGAGGUUAGCCCACAGGACAGCUCCCAGGCGGAAAGCGUACGUGCUAGCCAGGAAAACCCGGGCUGUGGAACCGUUGUUAGGCCUGCCCCUGAGGAGAAAAAACCCCAAACCUCCAUAAGCUUGAUGAAGCUGAGGAGACGGACGAAGGCUCUGGUAUCAGAGAAAAGGGAAUCGGUGUGUGAUGUGCAUCCGAUCAACGCCGAUGAAAUGGUGAAAAAUCAAAUAGCCAGUACAGAGGAACUUCAUUCACCAGUCUUCAGGCGAAGCAGUCUCUCCAACGCUGAGGAAAACGCCCAAAGGGCACCCAGACCAGCACUUGCGCAGAGAGAAGAAAGCAGUUUAACUCCUCCUGAUGCAGUGUUAGGAGUUGCACAAGACGUGCCUGAAGGCAGGGUCUCUCCAGGAGUGCCUGAGCUGUUCCCGAGUGCGCUGAGGGACAGCAGCCGUGGCUGGCAGCCCGAGUCCCCCGCCGCUGUGGCCACAUCUGAUAACGCUGAGCCUGCACGGCCGUGUUCAGAGAAUGGUGACUCUGUUUUACUUGACACCAGUGGUGAUGGAGGAGAAGGAUCCUCCAGUAUGAUAAAACAAACGGACAGUGAGGGUAUGUGUGAAGAUCAGGGAGCAUUACACAGGCUCCUGGAUUUAAUGUCAGAAAAUGAAGUAUUGCCUGCUGGUGGAAAUAACACUGUAACGAAUGAGAGCAAAAGCCGUGAAGGAAGCCAAAGUGACACCAAUACCUUAAAUCCCUUUCCUACAGAUCUUGCUCUGGGCAAUGUUGAAGAACUGCUGGAGAAUCAACAGCUUGAAAUUCAGUCCACACUUUCUCAUCCAGAAGAGGUGACAGCUCCUGAAAGCCCACUGAACUCUUGCACGGUGGUUGAAGGGCUUCUCUUUCCGGUUGAAUACUACGUCAGGACAACUCGACGCAUGUCUAAUUGCCAGAGGAAAGUGGACCUCGAUGCUGUAAUUCUCAGCCAGCUGGGCAGAAGCAAGAAAAGUCAGCGAAGCAAGUGCAAGCAGAAAGAUGCAAAUUCAGAUCGGCCCUCCCAAGAGAGAGCUGAAAAUGAUUUGGAGUCAGGGGGUGUGCCAUUCCCUUUUCUUGGUGCAGAAGAUGAUCCAGCAAAUUCAAGUAGUCCCCAGAAAUCUCUUCCUGCGUCCAGUGGGAGCAGCACUUCUCUUGGAUCGAUUUCUCAAAACAGUAUCGCUAGCACAAAGCGAGAUCGGAGACCAUCACAGAGGAAACAAAAAGGAAGAAGAAAGUCUACCUGCAAACCCCCUGUGCAUCAGGUGUCCCAGGAACUUAUAGAGAGUUUGGAUCUCAUAACAACGAGGGAAAGCAGCAGUCUGCUGUCAAACGAGUGUCAGAGUGAAAAGGAAAACUGUGAGGCUAACUUUGAAAAAUCAUCUUUAGUUGAGAGAAGGUUUUCUGCUGCUGCAGCGUGUGGAUCUGGAGAGACUGAAGUGACUGGCGCUACACAGCCAGUAAGUGCUGAUCCUCCUCCCGGGGGAAGCCAAGUGCUUGGCAAACGCCGUAAGACUCUGUUAGAACAGGUCCAAAAUCCACCUCAGAACAGCGAUUCUCUGAACCCAGGGAAUGAAACUCUUGCCAGCCACUUAGGGGAUCUGGAAGCCAGCUUAACUGUGUGUCCGGCUGAUAAACAUCCCGUGGAGCACGUUAAGAAUCAGCGUGUGCAAGGAGCCUGCGGGGCUGAGCAGCUCCUAGCAAUUAGCGUCCCUCCGUGCCACUCCCUGCGUUCCUCUGCAAGACAGAGAGCCAGGCAGGUCUCAAGAGAUGACAGCAAAAGAAGACGUAGCUAUCCAGCGGGUUCAGAGGGUCCUGCUUCUCUUGGCCUCCUUGCUAUGGACCCUGACGCUUGCGGCUCUCCCUUCUCCUUCCGCAGUCUCCAGUGGCUGGCCCCCAGACUGGGUAUCAAAGACUUUCACUUGCCGGAUGAGGAAUUUGGACUACUAAAACUUGAGAAAUUAGAAUCUUCCCCUGUGAAUGACCUGGAGGUUUUUGUUCCUACUGUGUUCGGAGACGGUGGGGCUUCACAGGACACACGAGAUGCACAAAUGAAUCCGGAAGAAAAAAAUCUCAAAAGUAAUUUGAUUUUGCCUUUCAAAAAGGGGUUGCCCAGGUUACCUCCCUUAGAAAGCUCAGCUUCCAAGAAGGAACUUUCCACCCGUGAAUUGCUCCUGACUCCCAUGGGGACUGUCUUGGCUGGUGCUCCCACUCAGCCCGAGUCUCAGAUUUCCUUAUCUGUUUUCCCUCUCGUGGGUGCAACCCCAGCUGCUUUGCCAUGGGUAGGCAGUGAGGUUUGCCCCAGUGCACCCUCUGCACCUCCCUCACAAGCGAGCCCGCGAUCCUCCCCAGGAGCACCUGCUCAGGCCGUGGAUGGUGGGGAAUGCAGAGACUCUGCCGUCCCACUGCACUUGGACAGCUGUGGUGCACCAUCUGCUAGAAAGGAGGAGGAACAAGGUCCAAGGUUUCCUUUAGAAGCUGAGAGAGGUCCCAGUGAUAGCUCUGAGGAGGCUGUGGCCUUGGAGAAGCAUCAGCAGUCAGAGAGCAAAGAGCAGAGACCCUACAGAGCUUCUCCUGACCAGAAAAAAGAUGGAGCAGAACAGUUGACUCCGGUACUGCUUGAUGGCCUGGGAGCAGAGAGCUUGCAGCUUGUGUCAAAGCUAAAGGAUUCUUCGAGUUCCUGCGCUGUGGAUGUGGGCACGGUGUGGUGGGAGGCAGCUGGCUGCAGAGAGCUGUGCGUGGUGACGGCUUGUGAGAGCUCCGUCUCCCUGUGGAAACCUCUGGGGUCCGACCGCUGGGGAAAGGUCUAUACUUGGCAGCUCGGAGAGAUUCCUGUAAUACAGAUCGUUCCUCUGCCGGACACCUGUAAUCUCGUGUGUAUAGCAUUGGGAGAUUUGGAGAUUGGAGAAAUAAGGCUCUUGCUUUAUUCUUCUGAGAAUGACUCAUUCAAGCAAUCCCUAGUAAAGACUGGAAAUAUAAAAGCUGUUCUUGGGCUGAAGGGCGGGAGGCUGGUCAGCAGCAGCAGGACCGCGCAAGAGCAGCAAGUGGAAAUAGUAUUGCUUUCAGAGACAGGAAGGAGCAAGGACCCGCAGACGCUGAUGCCCCCUGAAGAAACGGUUUUGGCUUUUGCUGAAGUGGAAGGAAUGCGAGACGCCUUGGUUGGCACCACUGCAGUGAACGGCAUUGUCGUUUGGAAUCUGAAAACAGGCCAGCUGCUGAAGAAGAUGCACGUUGGUUAUUCCUACCCGGCUUCGAUCUGCCACCGAGCGUACUCCGACUCUGGCCUUCUGUUUGUUGUUUUAAGUCAUCCACACGCCAAAGAGAGCGAGUCCUGUGGAAACCCUGCGUUCCGGGUGGUAGCGUUCAACCCCAAAACAGCCAGGAGCACUGGGGUGAUGUUCUCCUCCCUCCCGCCUGGGCACGCUGGCAGGUACCUGGAGGGUGACGUGAAGGACGCCUCUGCCGCCGCUGUGCUGACCUCGGGAGCCAUCGCCGUGUGGGACCUGCUGCUGGGGCACUGCACGGCCCUCCUGCCCCCGGG